AUGACUCAUGAGUGUGGAAAUUUUGCUGUCCUCGUGGAUCUUCAUAUAGUGCCACAAGGUUCAAACAAAGAUUCCAGUUGGUUUUCUGAACAGAAGAAAGAGGAAGUUUGCUUGCUGUUAAAAGAAACCAUUGAUUCCAGAGUUAAGGAGUACGUGGGCAUGUAUAAACAGCACAGGCCAUCAAAUGCAGAAUUCACAAGAUCCAGUCCCUUGUCCUUAAAAGGUUUUGGCUUUCAGAUCACAGCCUAUUUCCUCAAGAGAGGGAUACACCUUCGCUGUAUUCAGAGCUCACAGAAUACUGAACUUCGUAUAUUUCCUGACAGAUUUGUGGUCUGUGUUAGUCAGCUUGCAUUCGGUCCUGAUACUUGGGCAAGCCAGAAUCAAAAGUCGACAAAAAGAACCGACCUCCAUGGAGUAUCUGACUAUUUUGCUGAGUGUGCAGAGAGUUCGCCUUCUCCUGGUACAAAGCUCAAGAGAAACGCUCUACAAGAACUUGUGAGAAGAACUGAAGCAAAAAGCAGUGCUGGGAACAAAUCACAGAGCAGCAAGGACCCUGUUGGACGAUCUAGUGACUCAGUCAUUACCGUGGUACCAAGGAGGAGGGAUGCCUCAGCCAUUCUCCCGUCAGAAUCCAUGGGUCAAUCACAGGAUGACAUAAAAACAGCCAAGAGCCACCGGGGGCUUCCUGUUCAAGAGCUGGAAAAUGUUUCUCAGACUCAGCCAGAAGACACUAGCAGCCAGCAACAACCUCAUCCCAGGGAGUGGUUAAAGACGGGGCUUCUAAGCGGGAGCCCUCUGGGUAGCUAUGAGUCAGCACCACCAGGUCCAAAGCAAAGUCCACGAGCAGCCAAGACACAACAGAAAGGCAGGAACUGUGGCUCUGCCGAAGACUCUGACCACCGCAGGAGAGUUUCUCUUGGAAGUGAUGGGUUCGUCCCAGGAGGCGUGACGGUGGAAAAGAGUACAGCUGUCGGUGUUUUGCCAGCGUUAGAGCUGUCAGAUCCGGGGCUGCUUUUGAAUCAAGAUUUGGCAAAAGCCACAGCUAAAGACAAGCUACAUGCUUCAGAAAAUCUCUCCUCCAGACACCUCAUGACAAACAACCCAGGGCAGGCACAGCAGACCGUCUCAGCUGCAACCGAAGAAAGAUUAGCUACAGUUCAAGGAGGCCCGAGCAAAAAGAGAAAGAAAAUGCAAAGUUCUAGCAGAGGAUGUAGUGGCAAGAAAAACCUGAGUGUCUAGUUCCUGGGAUUUGAAAAGAAUUGGGGUAAUUACUUUAAAUAAACACAUAUUUAGAGGCUG